AUGUCAGACAUUCAUACGGUGGUGUUGAAUUUUGAAUACUCUUACUUAAUUAAGCCAAAGAGUUUGAUCCCAGUAUUUCAAAGCAAAUCUGGGUUAUGGCGGAUUGAACAAUUAUUAAGCACUCAAGAUGAAUACCAUAUCAUUGAUAACUUGGACCCUUUUUGGAAGACAGUUCAAAACAUUAAUUCUAAUUGCCAUCAUCCCAACAGCAUUCACUUAACUGAGCCUUCAAUCUUGAAGCAGUCGUCUUCAGGAAGAUUAACCAGUCUUAUUUCUGUUUCUCUCAAGGGUACACUUGACUUCAUAGAAAAAACUCGCCCUUUAGUUCUUAAAUCAUACAAUCAAGUUAGUUUCAAAGAGAUAAUAUUGAAUCAUCAUGAGUUCAAUGAAAUUACCCAAGAUUUUGUUAACGGAUUGAAUAAAUUGGCCAGUUUUUACAACGUUGAAAUCGACAUGUUCAGUGAUUAUCAAACAGACUUUCAUCAUAGAAUUAACCCUUCAAUAGGCAAUUCACCAAUUUAUAUAUUGGGAAAUCAUGAUCAAAUUGCAGCUUGCGAAUCUCAGUUAAGAAUACUCGUGGAUUCCAUGAUUCAAGGGUUGAUCAUUGAUAGCUAUGAUAUUAGUCUCAACUUGAUUCCAUUGAUAGGUGGAGCAGACUUGACAAAUUUCACUCAACUUGCUCAACAACUGAAUGUCAAUAUCUAUAUUCCAGAUUUAACUCCUUAUAUAUUUGGUGAUCCCUCCAAAGACCUGCAAGAUCAAGUUAGAAUUUGGUUGAGUGCUCGGGAUAUUCUGGAGAUCUUGUUAACAAAAACUUUGAUUAGCAACAUCACAUACAAAGUAUAUGCAAAGCAAAUUGAAAUAUCAAAGUCAAAACUAGACUUGAUGUUAUUAAAAAAUCAAAGAGAUUUUCUUCAGAUUAUGAUUAAACAUGGAACUUUUAUCGAUGCUCCAGGGUUAGGAUGUAUUGAUAAUAAAAUAACUGUUUUCGGUACUAACGCUGAAUCAGUCGAAGAAUCUAUUCAUGAAUUGGCGUUAUUAACUUCACAAUUCUAUCAGAUUUUCAUUAGUUUCACUUCCAUUGGAAAAAAUGAUCAAGUCCUUGAAUCUUAUUUGAUAUCGCUGUUAAAGAAAAAUUGUUCUUUGACUUGCAAUCAUUUUGGAGCUCAAAUAGUUGGAUCUUCAAUGGAAGUUAAAGAAAUGCUCAUGAUGAUGAGUCAUGACCAAGUAUCACAACAUCUCGAUAACAAGAUUCAAUUGAAAUUAAGAUUGGAGUUGAACAACUCUCAAAAGGACUUCAUCAGUGGAAAAAAAAAUGGUAAAAUUCAAAAGAUUUUGACAACUUUGAACCAAAAAUUGGUCAUCAAAUUUAAGCCAUAUAAUGAAUAUAACUUCCACAUUGACUUGAUUCUCAAUAAUGAUAUCAAUACUUUAAUAAAGGGGGUAGAGUUGUUCGAAUUGGAAUUACCAUGUGAUUUACAGUUCAAUGUUCCAGACUUAUUCCACAAGUCCAUUAUUGGAAACGGAGGAAGUGUUAUUCAAUCCAUUAUGAAAAAAUACAAUGUGUUCAUCAAGUUUAGCUCUAAAAGCAAAAAUGAAACUAUCACCAAUAGCAAUAGAUACACCUUUACACGUGAUAGUAAUGUGGUCAUCAAAUGUCCUCAGAAAAAUGCCCGUAACAUUCUUUUGGUCAAGCUGGAAAUUGACCGCAUGUGUGGCUUGAGUAACCACAAAUACAACGUUGUUCGUUUCAAGCUUUUCAAGUCUCAAUAUUUGUUAAUUUUGGCGCACAAUAAAUUGGGAGAAAUCCAUCAACUUGAGCUUGAAUUUGGAUGCUUUAUAAAAUGGCCUCAACUGUUGGAUGAUUUUCAUAGUACAGUGGAACAAGAGGUUGUUAUUUCAAUCAUGGGUUACGAUAAAAAACCUGAACAAUGUGCUCAAAAAUUGAAGUCAAUGAUGCCUCAAAACUUUGAAUUCAAAUUGAUUGACAACACUAACCACCAGAUACCACUGGAUAUGUUCCUGAAAUGUUUUAUUCCCUUUAAGAUGAUGCUUGGAGUAGAAGCCUUAAUCCGUCCUAUAUACGAGGAAAACACAAUGUGUCAACAAAUUAUAUUGUCAUAUUACGAAGAUGAUAAAGCCCAGGUGGCUAUUAAAGAUUUAACUACAUAUUUGAGGGAGAACCGUAUUAUGAUAUUAGAUAAGCAAGAACUCAAAUAUGAUCCAAUCGUGUUUGUUAGCACCAACUUUAAGUUGAGAACUAUCACAAAUACCCUGACGCCUACACCACAGGUUUCCACUUCAAAGUUGGCUCGUUCCAAGAUUGGCAUGAAUUAUCACAAUACUAAUAGACGUAAGAAAAUCAUCACUUAG